AUGCCGCUGAUUAACAAGUUUGAGAGCAUGUCUUCGUUGGAGAUGAGCAGGUCGAGUCCGGAGAAGAUGGAGGAGGAAUCUCCUGCUGCAAGGAGACGUAGAAUUAGACUUCAAAUGAUCGCUGCCUACACUCGUCCAGAAACACCAUCAAAUGGCGUCGCCACUCCAAAACCCUCUCCAAGCCCCGUGCCGGAAGCCAAAAUCGAACAGCCCAAAUCUCCGUCACCAGAAAAUCCGCCAGAAAAGCCCGAAGAGCCGCCAAAAAGACCACUUUUCAACCCGAAUCUCGAGCGCAGAGGCGUUUCCCUCGGCGGUGGAAUAAAUCGCCAGCGAAAUCUUGGACUGAAUCAAGGACCGGAAGAUACUAACCGAGAGUCGCGGUCGUUAGUCAAUGAUCUGGUCAAGGAAAGGUUGGAAAAGAAACGCAAAGAAGCUGAAGCAAAGAAGAAAAAUGGCGGAAAGAGUUUGAACAAGUGGUCAUCCUUGUCUUCACUUGGGAAAAAGAAAAUGGAGGAAGACUUGGAUGAAAAGACAUUCGAGCGGUUUCUGACGAAGAAAAGGGAUGGAAAGGAAGAAAUCAAGAAAGCUACCGGGUUGCGAUGGAGAAGCUCGAUGUUUGACUACAACCGAAACGCAAACCGCAGCAAGCGUUAUUCCUACAACAGCUACAACCAAAACCACAACAACAACAAUUCCAAUAACAUCCCUCUUCAAAUCACCGUCGACCCAGAAGACCUUGAAAUCAACGAGGAAAACUAUCGCUCCGAAAUCGUUUCCAUCUUCGAAUCAAUUUCUUCUCCAAGAAAAUUCCACAAACAAGAGUUGGAAAGGAUGAAUUGCUCUGGAAUCGAAAAUGCGGAAGAUGCAAUUAUUCUCGAUAGGAAAAGAAUGACGGAUAAUCAUGUCAAGGAGCUGUAUAAAAAUGAAGGAUUGAUAGUGGGCGAGUAUUUCGCCUUUAUCGCACCAAUGGACAGGUCUCUUUCGAAUCUCCGGGCCAAAUCGCUCGACAGAGGGACCAAUCUGGCCCGAGAACGAGCAAAAUCCUUCGAUCGUGGAAUCGCGUUUCAACAAAAUCGAGAAAAGGCAUCGAAAAAAUCGACGGAAAGUGACAACAACGAGGACUCAUCCCGCCGACCCAGGGACAGAUCAGCAAGUCGCUCGAGAAUUCGCGCCCGAGGCCCAAGCGCGGACAAAGCCAUGUUGACGGCGAUCAACAUGUUCGACAAAGGCGACAUUCCAAGCGGCAUCCGCGCUGCGCAGAAAGAAGCAGAGCGGCAAAAAGCGCUCAAAGCUCUUAUCGAACGAGAACAAAAAGCGUUUAACAAACUCAAAGCAGAAAGCAACCAGCUCCGGAAAGAAAUUCUCGAAGACAAUCGCGGACGAGCAAGGACUCGAACGAACGAAUCGCCAAAAGUCGGUCAUAGGCCGUCUCAGAGGAAAGAGCAGAGGAACACGAGCGAGGAAGCGAAAAACAUGGUCGAUCAUUCCAAAGCCAAGUCCAGCAAGAACUCUUCCUCAAGCCGAAAAGAAGGAAAGAUGAAAAACGCGCAGGAAAAGGCGUCCAAAGGAUCGAGUCAGCGGCUAAAGAAUUUGAGGAAGAAGCAGAGUUUGUUGAGGAUGGUUCAAUCCGGUGCUGGGUGCUAUAAUAAGGGACCGUUGACGCCGAUUGUUGAUGAGAGUCCCCAAAGCAGUCAGACGACGACCCCAGUGAUGGUCAAAAAACUCGAGCCGCUGGCAAAAUAUGAUUCUGAUGAAGAGGACGAGCCCGAAGUCAAGCUUGAAAUACUUGAAGUCCCCGACAGUCCCGAAAAGCAAGAAAAAGACAUUCUCGAUAAACGAGUCCGCAUGGACGAUGUCAACGCUCUUAUCAAAGAAAAGUACGCAAAAGACGCUGCCUGGCAAGAAGAAUACGACCAGGCGCGCAAGAAAAGCUCUGUUUUGGAAGACCCGAUGAUCAAAAAGAUCCGCGAGCAGGAGGAGCAGAAUCAGCCCUCAGCGCUUGAAAUGCUAAAGCGAAAAAGAGAGGCGCGACGAAAAUCGCUCGAAAAAUCAAAAUCAAUUUCCGAAAACGACCUUCGAUCCGACGACAUCAUCGCCGAGCAGCGAGAAAAAGCCAGGCUCCAGCGAGAAAAGCUCCAGGAAGAACGAGAAAAGCGCCGAGAACGAGCGAGAAAGGAAAGAAUGCAGAUUGAAGAAGACAGAAGAGCGAGAGCCAGAAGAGGGUCGAUACGAGAAGUGAAUCUUUCCAGCGAGAGUUUGAACAGCCAAAAGUCGGUGGAAGAGAAGCCGAAAAUUGAAGUCAUGAAAAAAGCCUCCGAAAUCAACUGGGACGAUGGGUACACUGAGUGCCUCGACGAACCUGGCAUCUUUUUCGACCCGUUCACUGGUCGGCGAAAAAUUGCCUCGGCUCCGGAAGGAAAGCCUCCUCCAGUCCCAAAACCUUCCAAAGAGACGUCUGAACAAGUCAAAUCUUCCUCUCCACCACCCGCUCCUGCUCCAGCACCUGCUCAAGAAUCGCCAGAGCCAUCGCCUCCGCCGCCAAAAAAGAAGACAUUCCAGUGCGAUGCGCUGCCGAGCGACGAUUCCGACCAAGAAAUCGACUUCUUCACUGGUCGCCGAAAAUCCAGACUUCGAAUCAAGCAAGACGAUCCCUCCCUCAACCGUCUUCAAAAAACCUUCGCGCAAAAGCUCAAGGAACAGCAGCAAGAAGCAGCCGCUAAACUUGAGCAACAGCGGCGUAAAUUUGGCUCAAUGAGUGCUCUUCAAAGCGUUUUGCUCGCACAACAAAGCGAAGAUGAUUGCUCUGAAACAGAAGAAGACGCGAUCCGAAGAUUGAACAGCAAUCGCUACGGGAACAACAGCGCCAAGAAAUUCAUCGACGACGAUGAUGACAUUUCCUAUCUCGAAAAUCUCACUUCCAAACCGACCGAAAUCAAGAAAACGAACAACGACUCGGGCGUGAAUUUGGAAUCUCCUGGAGAAAGCGCGACUGAGCCAGAAGUCAGCUCUCCCGGGUCGCCGGGGAUUUUGAUGAACAAACCGGAGCAAAUUCAAAUCGAAGUUGAUGUGAAAUCGAAAACGCUGGAGGUUCCUAAAGCGUCAAGAAAACGACCUGGUGUGAAGCCUAGAAGACCAUCAGUUCCAAAAGUAAAAAUGCUCUGGACCGAAAAAGACGAGUCCACCCUGGACGAGCAAUUCAUGAAAAUGAUCGGCCCGAUCCCUCCCGCUCCAUUCGAGCACCGCCACGUCGAAGUCCGCCCCCUCAAAGUCGUCGGCUAUAACGGCUUCGACAAGAAAAUCGGCGACGAAUACAAUGUCCAGUUCAAGCCAGAAAAUCAACUGGGCUCUGGUCGAUUUGGAAAAGUUUAUCUCGGCUCGACUCUCGAUGGGAGCAUGAAUUUAGCGUUCAAAGCUUGCGCUGUUACGAGGCAGCGAUCGAUUUCGAAGGUCAACGCGAGGAAGAGGGCGGAAAGGCUGACAAAAGAAGAUGUUAAGUUUGAGCUCGCGCUGAUGAACCAACUCAAUCAUCCGCAUAUUGUCAAGGUUUACGAUGCGAUGGAACACGAUUGUUACGUGACUCUCGUCUUGGAACACAUGACUGGAGGCGAGUUAUUCGACAGAAUCGUGCAGCUCAAUUAUGAUCCGACCGAACUUGAUGUUGUUAUUUAUAUGAAGCAGAUUUGCGAAGGAGUUUCUUAUCUUCACAAGAAUCAGAUUUUGCACCUCGAUCUGAAGCCCGAGAACAUCGUCUGCGUCAGCCCAGAGUCGCACUGGAUCAAAAUCAUCGAUUUCGGUCUUGCCCGUCGCUACAUUCCUCAUCAACGGCUUCAAGUGAACUUCGGAACCCCAGAAUUCGUCUCUCCGGAAGUUGUUAACUACAACUUCGUCAGCUACGCUAGUGACAUGUGGAGCGUAGGAGUCAUAACUUACAUCCUCAUUUCCGGCAACAGUCCUUUCCUCGGAGACGAUGAGGAUGAUACAAUGGCGAAUAUUCAAGACGGCGAGUGGGAAUUUUGCGAGGAAUUCGACGAUGUCUCAGACGACUGCAGGGAUUUUAUCAAACGACUUAUUGUUUAUCAAAAAGGUGGUCGAAUGUCCGCAAAUCAAUGCCUGGCGCAUCCUUGGAUCUCGAGUUUGGCCUCGAAGCGGCAGGGCCAGCUCCGAUCGAGGCUGAAGAUCAAAAGAAGAAUCAACAAAAUUCGCUGGUGGAAGGCUGUGGACGCAAUAAACGCGGUGACUUACAUGAUGCGACGAACUUCUGUGUCAUCGGAAACUCCGAUCACGUGCAAUUGA